AUGGAUGCCGCGCACAUGCAAAGCGAGUUGGAUCGAGCUAACGCUAAACUGGACAGGUUGGAGGCGCUGAGGGAGGGUGCAGGGGAAAGGUAUGCAGGGGAGAGAGAGAAGCUGGAGCAACAGGAGAUUUCCUUAGAGGAAAGAAAGACGUCUCUUGUCGCAUUGCUUGCAGCAAGCGCUCAACCAGGUAACGACUUUGUGACUCGGGCUACUUCGACACGUUCUACGCGUAAUGGAGGUCUCUGGCCAGAAAGAAUAAUUCACUGGAAUGGAUUUCUUGAAGAAGUAACUCGUUUCAUCUUCGAUCAAACAGAGCGAAAGUUCAGCAGGCCCCAAUUCGUUGAAGGUUUAAGAGCUCGUGUUGAAAACAGUGUUGAAACUGCUAUGGAAGUUAAUAUUUUUCAUAUAUUGAACUCGCCUUUGUCCCCCAAAUUUGAGUUUUCGAAACAAAAAGAUUCUGACUUUAAUCCCGAUGACCCGAAUAUUGGCCUUGGAAAACCAGAUUUCACUUGCCGAGAGUAUGAUGGUCCUGAUGAUCAUACAGGAAAAAGGAUCAUAAGCAUAGAAAUCAAAAGAGAUUGUGUUCUGACACAGUUACAUGAGAUUAGUUCAAGUGAAUUAUUUGAUGAACACUCUACUGGUCAUGCACAUGGCGAUUUGGGUAACGUAAUUCGUCAGAUUUACAAUUAUAUGGUCGCGGACGAAUUACAAUACGGCAUACUCGCAACCUAUGAUUACCAUUGGUUUUUCUGCCGUCCAAGUGAUAAUCCAUCAACACUAUUAAUUUCUGAAGCUCUUAGGUUACAGUCAACAAAUCCGCCAGUACUCAAAACUUAUGCGUACUUGGUCCGCCUGGCAACAAAUAACCCUAAAUCACCUCAUCCAAAUGUAAUGCCAGGACGAACUAGACAAGAUAUCAGAAUACAAGGUUCCAGAAUUCAAAACUCGGGUUUCUAUAACCAAAGUUUCAGUCAAAGUUUGGGUUCAGAUAGCAGUUAUCACAACCAGCAAGGUUCCAGGGACCAGAGCUCUGGAGAUCAAGAUUCUAUAACGGGAAUGGAAGAACAGACUUAUGGCUACAAGGAUUUCAAGCUUGAGGGUAUUCUAGGAUGUGGACAAACUGGGAGGACAUUUCGAGCCAGAUUCCAUGGAGAGUCAAUUGCUAUGAAGGUUAUCGAUCUAUAUAAGGAAGCUGAUCUCUUGCAUAAAAUUCGAAAAGAAAUUGAAAUAUACAAAAAUCUUGUCAAAAUUCAAGGAAUAUAUAUUCCCAAAUUGGUGUGUCACGGUUAUUAUGGAUAUGGGAUGGGCUAUUUUAUGGGUACCACUAUCGUUGGUACUACUUUGAACAAGCAUAAG